AUGACAAGAACUAACAAAUGGACAGUUCAUGAGAAAGCCUCAGAACCAAGAUUCUUCACCCACAAUGGCCACUACAAAUCCGACCCAAAUAAGGUCUGUAAGCAUGGCUCUGGAAAGUUCAAUUGGGGUAAGGCCGGAGACGAAAUGAUGGAUGAAGAGCCCCAAAACAACACUAUGGGCCGUAGGAACUCCAACCACGACGCCAACGAGGCCGAGAUCAAGAAGACAAUGGAGAAGUGUGACAAGUUGGUCACCAGUUAG